ACACGCCCCCCACAAUUAAAUCUCUGCGAGAGAGGAGAGGAAAUAAUAAAAAAAAAAGUUUGGUAAUUUUAUUUUACUCAAGCGCCCUAAAAGUCCCCACAACCUGUCAUCAUGGAUCCUAAGAACCCUCCAAAUCUCUUAAACCCAGAAGCAGAGGUUAAGGUUCUCAACAACACUGUUGAAGGAAAGAGCAAGUGGAAGCAGAAGGAGAAGGGGAAGCAAGGGCGUGAGAUUCAGACCAAAUCGAGCAAAGAUGGACACCUUAAAGUGGAAGGACGCGGUCGAAGAGUUAGGUUGCCUCCUCUCUGUGCUGCCAGGAUUUUUCAACUGACUCGAGAGUUAGGUCACAAAUCCGACGGCGAGACUCUCCAAUGGCUUCUCCGCCACGCUGAGCCGUCCAUUAUCUCCGCCACCGGAACUGGAAUCAAACCCGCCGCCGACUCCGUUUCAAGGUCUCAAGUUUCAAAUGGGUUUUGGGCGAAUGAGACUGGGUUUGGUAUUGUUGGAGCUAAUCCUACGGGAGGAGGAUUGGAUCUGAACUGUGGAAUUGGGUUUCUUGGGUUUGAUUUCAAUGGCUCUUCAGACAUGGGUUUUGAGAACAAUCAAAUGCCCCAAGUUGGAAUGUGGGGGGUUUUGAAUCCGCAGAUUUAUCAGCAAAUGGGUCAAGAACAAGCUAAGGUGCUUCAGCAUCAUCAUCAUCAUCCACAUGAAGCUCAGCAAGAGAACGCAGACAAACAAGGGUCUUAAAGCUUGAACCUUUAGUGCUUCUCUUUACUUAGAUAUGCGUAUAUAGUUAGUGAGAUGUCUGAGAUAUAUGCUUUUGGUGGAAUCUCAAGCUUAGUAUAGCUUUUAGGGAAUGCAUUUUGUGGCAAAAUGUGCUUAUUUUAUGGCUUUCUCUCUAAUCAAAUGGCUUUGAUGUACUUAAUUACGUUAUAAAGUUACUAAGUAUGUAGUUUUUGCUCUUUAAAAGUGCACUGAA